UUUGAAUGCAGAUUCUCAUAUGAUUGGAUCAAAAUUUAAUGACAAAUAUUUUAUGAUAAUGUACAAUAUUAUUUAAAAAUGACAAAUGUUAUGUAAAUACUUAUGAAUAUUGUAUAAAAAUUCAAUGCAGAUUGUUGUGUCACAAACAAAAUUUUUGUCCUACGCGGGUUGCAAUUAGGGAAAACUCUUUUGCUUCAUAUAUGUCAAUUAUUCUAACUAGGAAAUAUGGACAACAAAAAGAAAGAAAAAAAAAAUCCAACACCCACUUAUUACAAGAAAAAUUUUUACACUUAUUUUUUGUUUCACUCUUCACCUCUGGAGGGAAGCCAUGGAAAACAACUAUAAUCCAUGGUUAAAGCUCUGUUGUCUCAUACUUUAUUUAUCUGUGAUAACUCCUUUUUCUAUUGGAACAGACAGAAUUACGGUGAACCAAUCAAUCUCAGGUAAUCAAACCAUAGUUUCAAAACCUGAGGGUAUGUUUGAAUUGGGAUUCUUCAACCCAUCAAGGAGAUCUUCCAGAUACUACAUAGGCAUCUGGUACAAGAAAUAUUCUGUGCAGACUGUAGUUUGGGUAGCGAACCGAGAAAAUCCCAUUUAUGAUAAACACUCAUAUGAGCUUAAAAUCUUAUAUGGGAAUCUGGUUCUUACAAAUGGAUCAAACUCAUCAACCAUUUGGUCCACAAAACUGAGUGCAGCCUCCAAUUCAGUCGAAGCAGUUUUACAUGAUUCAGGAAACUUGGUGCUUACGGUUAGUCGCAACAGCAGCAAGGAGAUGCUCUGGCAGAGUUUUGAUGAACCUACAGAUACUUGGCUUCCGGGUGGUAAGCUUAUUUUUAACAAAACAAGAAACCAACCUCAGCGGCUUAUAUCCUGGAAGAACAAAGAGGAUCCUUCCCCUGGUCUUUUCUCUCUUGAACUUGAGCGUAAGGGUAAGCAGUAUGUUAUCAUGUGGAAUAGAGCACGACAAUACUGGACAAGUGGAGCUUGGAAUGAUCAAGAGCAGAUUUUUAGUCAAGUUCCUGAAAUGAGGUUGAGCUAUAAUUAUAAUUUCAGUUAUAUUGAUAAUGAAAAUGAAAGCUAUUUCAUUUAUAGUGUUUAUCAUUCUACGGUUGUAUCGAGGUUUGUGAUGGAUACUUCUGGUCAGGUCAAGCAACUGACAUGGCUGGAAAAUUCCCAAGAGUGGAAUUUGUUUUGGUCCAAUCCCAAGCAACAGUGCGAAGUAUAUGCUUUUUGUGGUGCUUAUGGGAGUUGCAAUCAAAAUUCUUUGCCAUAUUGCGACUGUUUGAAGGGGUAUGUACCUAACUCGGGGGAUGACUGGGGGUUGAACGAUUACUCCAAAGGAUGUCUUCGGAAGGCUCCGUUAAGGUGUGAAAGUUCGAGUUCUCAAAACAAGGGGGACCGUUUUUAUGUGUAUUCCAAUAUCAUAAUGCCUCAAAGUCUCUCAACUUCAAACGACGCAACCAUUGAGGAUUGUAAAGCAAGUUGUUUGAAUAACUGCUCUUGCCGUGCUUAUGCAUUUGAUGAUAGUAGUGGCUGUUCAGUUUGGUUUGAAGAUCUUUUGAACAUUCAGCAACUUUCUGAUGGUGACACUAAAGGUAGAACUCUUUUUCUCAGGCUUGCAGCUGCUGAAUUCCCAAACAAGAGCAAGAAGAAAUUGGUUGUUGGUAUUGUUGUGGGUGGUUCAGUUCUUGUCAUCUUAGCCCUAUUAAGCCUGAGUUUCGCUCUAUUUUGGAAGAGAAAAACACGAACUCUCGGCUCAACAAAGGGCGUUGAAGGUUCACUUAUUGCUUUCAGUUACAAGGCAUUGAAAACCGCCACAAAGAAUUUUUCUGACAAGUUAGGAGGAGGCGGGUUUGGGUCUGUCUUUAAGGGGACAUUGCCAGAUUCAUCCGUAAUUGCUGUGAAGAAGCUCGAAAGUUUCAGUCAAGGAGAGAAGCAAUUUCGAACAGAAGUAAGCACUAUUGGGACUAUUCAGCAUGUUAAUCUUGUUCGGCUUUGUGGGUUCUGCUCAGAAGGGGCUGAGAAGCUAUUAGUUUAUGAUUAUAUGCCAAAUGGGUCUUUGGAAUCCCGUCUUUUCCGCAACAACCUUUCAGAACUCUUGGACUGGACAAAAAGAUACCAAAUUGCACUAGGAACAGCAAGGGGAUUAUCAUACCUACAUGAGAAAUGUAGGGACUGCAUCAUUCACUGUGACAUAAAGCCAGAAAACAUACUACUUGAUGCUGAGUUUUGCCCAAAAGUAGCAGAUUUCGGGUUGGCAAAACUUGUUGGUCGUGAUUUUAGCCGGGUACUCACCACCAUGAGAGGAACUAGAGGCUACCUUGCCCCUGAAUGGAUUUCAGGGGUCGCAAUAACUGCAAAAGCUGAUGUUUUUAGUUUCGGUAUGAUGCUUUUUGAACUCGUAUCGGGUCGUAGAAACGCUGAACAAUCAGCAGAUGGUACAUUGAGGUUCUUCCCCAAGUGGGCUGCUAGCAAGGUAGCUGAAGGAGUAGAUAUCAUUAAUGUAUUAGACCCUAGAUUGGAAGGAAAUGCUGAUGAACAAGAAGUCAUGAAAAUAUGUAAGCUCGCGUGUUGGUGCAUCCAAGACAAUGAAAAUCAAAGGCCAUCAAUGGGGCAGGUGGUUCAAAUACUUGAGGGUGUUUUGGAUGUAAAUAUGCCUCCCAUGCCGAGGUCUCUCCAGGUUUUUGUUGAUAACCAAGACAGUAUAAUGUUCUACACUGAGUCAUCGUUGACCCAGAGUUCACAAACAGAGAAUACUUCUUCAGCUACAUCUUCAGUAACCAAGAGCAGCCUCUCCACUGUGAGCCGCACAUCUGUUGGCUAAGGUGAAUAAGUGACUUGUACUUCUAGACAGUUUGUAAGUCAAGGCUAAAAUAAUUAAUUUAGCUUUUUGUGCUAUGGACAACGUCUUAGAGUAACGAACAACAGAAAUUGAGCAUUAUAGGAGAGUAUAUUUUCAUUUAGUCUCAAUUUUACUGUGUAGAAAGAUGUGAGAUGAACUCUGUAUUGUAGUAUGAUGCUACCUUUACUAUACUGUAACUACCAAAAAAAAUAAUCCGGAUGUAUUAAAAACUCAUUUUUUUUCUUUUA